GCGGCAGCCGCUGGAGGAGUUGGGCGGCUGUUUCUCCCUCUCCGCCCGGAGGAGGAGGAAGAGGAGGAAGAAGAGGCUUCGGCUGCCGCCUCUCUGGUCCUCCCCCCCCUCUUCCCCUUCCGCCCCACACCUUUAUGGACGAGCGCCGGAGCUUGCUCUACUCUCCGGCUGCCUCCUCCGCCGGCCGGCAUCCGCGGGGCGGCUCGACCAGCAGCCACCACAACCUGGGCUACACCGAGCAGCUGCCCCCCGCCGCCCCCCAGCCGGUCCCCGACCAAGAGGAGGAAGAGGGUGAAGAAGGGGAGGAAGGCAGCAUGACUGUGGUGGGGGGCGGCGGCGGCGGCGGAGACCCUUUGCUGGACGAGCCACAGCAUCCUCAUCCUUUGCUCGGGGGGGACCGCUACGAUCACCCCCCGACUCCGGCCGCCGUCCCCGCCGGCCAGCCCACGGGCGGUGGGGAGCACGAGUGCUGCGAGCGGGUGGUGAUCAACAUCUCGGGGCUGCGGUUUGAGACCCAGCUGAAGACGCUGGCGCAGUUCCCCGAGACGCUGCUGGGGGACCCGCGUAAGAGGAUGCGCUACUUCGACCCCCUCCGCAACGAGUAUUUUUUUGACCGCAACCGGCCCAGCUUCGACGCCAUCCUCUACUACUACCAGUCCGGCGGGCGCAUCCGCAGACCCGUCAACGUCCCCAUCGAUAUCUUCUCCGAGGAGAUACGCUUCUACCAGCUGGGGGAGGAGGCCAUGGAGAAGUUUCGGGAGGAUGAGGGUUUCAUUCGGGAGGAGCAGCGGCCUCUUCCCGACAAGGAGUUUCAGCGUCAAGUGUGGCUCCUCUUUGAGUACCCUGAGAGCUCUGGGCCGGCCCGAGGCAUUGCCAUCGUCUCCGUCCUGGUCAUCCUUAUCUCUAUCGUCAUCUUCUGUCUGGAGACCCUGCCUGAAUUCAGGGAUGACCACGACUAUGAGGGAACUGGGGGGACCUUCAGCACAGGCAGUGGCCCUCUCCCACCUGAUGUCUUCACCAACUCCUCUUCCUCAGCUGCUUCCAUGGUGUCAUCUUUCACUGACCCUUUCUUUGUGGUGGAGACUUUGUGCAUCAUCUGGUUCUCCUUUGAGCUGCUGGUCCGCUUCUUUGCCUGCCCCAGCAAGGCCACCUUCUCCAAGAACAUCAUGAACAUCAUUGACAUUGUGGCCAUCAUUCCCUACUUCAUCACGCUGGGCACGGAGCUGGCUGAGAGGCAAGGCAACGGCCAGCAAGCCAUGUCCUUAGCCAUCCUCAGAGUCAUCCGGCUGGUCAGGGUCUUCCGCAUCUUCAAGCUCUCCCGGCACUCCAAGGGGCUGCAGAUCCUGGGGCAGACCCUCAAGGCCAGCAUGCGGGAGCUGGGCUUGCUCAUCUUCUUCCUCUUCAUCGGCGUCAUCCUCUUCUCAAGCGCCGUUUACUUCGCAGAAGCCGAUGACCCCAGUUCGGGCUUCAGUAGCAUCCCCGAUGCCUUCUGGUGGGCAGUGGUGACCAUGACCACAGUGGGCUAUGGGGACAUGCACCCCAUCACCAUCGGGGGCAAGAUUGUGGGGUCUCUCUGUGCCAUCGCGGGGGUGCUAACCAUCGCUCUCCCCGUGCCUGUGAUAGUCUCCAAUUUCAACUAUUUUUACCACCGGGAGACGGAAGGUGAGGAGCAAGCCCAAUACAUGCACGUCGGGAGCUGCCAACACCUCUCGUCCAGCGAGGAGAUGAGGAAGGCUCGCAGCAAUUCCACCCUCAGCAAGUCCGAGUACAUGGUGAUCGAGGAAGGGGGAAUCAACCACAGUGCAUUCAAACAGGCUGCCUUUAAGACAGGCAACUGCACAUCCACAAACAAUCCCAACUGUGUGAACAUCAAAAAGAUCUUUACGGAUGUUUAAAAAAGCAAAACCAAACAAACGGCAACAAAAUCUGAGGAUGCGGUAAAAAAAUAACAAUAACAAUAAUAAUGCAAAGUGACUGUGUACUCAGUAUUGUGUGGAACAUGCACCAUCGUCGGUCUGUGUGUGCCCUCGUUUUUAUACAUUUAUUUUUUUAGAUCCUUCCUUUCUAAAGAUCAAAAAAAAAAAGGAUUUAGAAUUCUCUGAAGAGGAGGACAGCUAAAGGGUAAAGAGAAGGAAGAUGAAGACAAAACACACUCACCGUUGAAACAGGUGUUUGUUCUGCAACGUGUUGCAGGGCUGCUUUUGUUUUCUUGUUUUUGGGGACCUCUCGCUUUGCUCCUGAAUUCACCCCCCCUCUCCCCCCCUUCCCUAAAGGCAGUGUGUACCUGAUUUCCCUUCCAUCACAUAAGAUCACUUGUUGGAUUAACAACCCCGAGGAAAACAUGUUGCAGAGCGUACUGAAAGGGGGUUGGGAGGAAAGAACCGUUUAAUUUUGCAGAGAGUCUCUGUUACCACAUUGUUAAAUGAUGCUUAAUAUUGAAACAUGUGUUGUGCCAUUACGGGCACAUCACAGAUUUCCUUUUCUCCCCCGUUAGAUCAUUUAUGAAAUUCUAAUUUGGUCAGAGACUGUGUGAAAUCAGUGCUGAUUUAAAUAGAAAAAAACCCAACCCAAUCAACCCUCGUUUUCUAUUCUUGAUUUUCUUCCCCUAUAACCUUAUGGCGUUAUUUUAUCCAAUGUGACAUUUGUGGCCGUGCAGUGGGUCUGUGUGCAGGGAGGUGGGAGGCGAAGGGCAAAAUGGAGUGGUUUCAGGAGCCACAGGAGCACAGGGAGCGAUGCCGGCGUGGACGGGGGGGAUUGCAGGAUCCGUGACGGGCUCCUUGCCGUGGCUGUGCCGCCUCAAACCCACCCAGCUGGAGACAAAGGGAUAUUUCCUCCUAUUUUUUUUUUUUUUUGCAAUGCGUUUGGGAGAGAUGCAGCCGCUUAUCGCAAGAAGAUUAAAGUGGCGAACACGCCUUCCAGCGGAAGUCACUAAUUCAGACCAGAGUGAUGCAGUUGCCAUGGUGACCCUGGUUUCCUGGGAAACCCCCAAAGGUUGUCAUGGCAUCCCUUCUCCCAUCCCCCUUGGUCCUCGCUCUUCCCGCAAAAAAACCUUUCCAGAUGGUUCCAGCCCUGUCAUCCCGCAGGACACCGCGGCUCUGCCCCACUGUGCGACCCCAUCCUGGCACCCCCUUCCCGGGCCACGUCCCCCCCCCCACGGCUUCCCCUGUGCCGAGUAAAGCACCCGUAGGCAAUAAGCACACCACAAAUCCACCUCUCCCUCGCAGAGGAGCUCACACCUUGGCAGUGAAAUUUGGGGAUGGAGUCUCAUCCUGCAAACACGAGCGGCCGCUCCGCCGAGAACGACCCUGCGCUCCCCCCCUGCGCCGCACGAAACCCGGCGGUUUCCCCAAGCCCAGUGCGAACUGGCGCUGAGCAGCAAGUGGGAAAGCUCGGCUGAGAAACCUCGGCAGCUUUUGGAAACCAGAGGGACACAUCUAUAAAGAGCGGGAUUGAAAAGUAACCAAAACCCCGCCGGGGAAAAAUACACCGGCUUCAUCUUUAUGUGUGCACCAGGGGCCACGGGACAUCUGAUGGGAUCAGAUAACAGAAGUUUCAAAAUUAAGACCUCCAGGACUGUGUUGAGAAAUAAAGCGUCUCCAAGGAAAUGGCAAACAUCACAGACACGAUGACUGAUGCUGCUGGGGACCCAACCAAUGGAGGGUCUGUCCUCCCCAGUUAAACCCAUUUCGUAUUUCAUAUAUAUGAAAUAUUUGCCACGUUAUCUGUGCUUUCUAACAAGUGCAUUAUGUAGAAGGGAACAUCUUUGCAGCUGGAAGAUUAUCUUCAAAUCAUGUGCAAUAUAAUGAGACUGAACAAAGCCAGGAAAAAGGAGGAGGAAAGGUGGAAAUAAUCUGGAAAUUAUUUCAGUCUUCUUUCUUUAUUAAAAAAAUAAAACCAACCUCUUGAAAGAUUAAGCAACCAGAAAGGAAACAUUAAGCAGAGUUGCUAAUAAGAAGUCCAAGUGUUUUGCUUGGGAUGGGAGGGAGAUGGGGGAAAUUGAGUUGCUCUUACUGUUCCCUGUCGAAGGCCACGGGCAGUUUCUAGUGCUGGGACAUGAAUAAUUUCUGUUCCAUUUUUCUGACUUUCAUGUAAAUACUCUUUAUAAGUAGGUAUGUGCCGUACCAAAGGCUGUGAUUUAUUUUAAGUCCUUAUUAAGAAAGUAACAUCGCCGCCGAUACUGAGGAAAAUGGUGUCAAACAGUCAACAAGUUGUGCCUUGCUUUCAGGAUCACUCCAUGAAAAGCUGCGGAAAAAUAAAAUUUCCAGGGAUGGAAAAGGUAUGAAAAACCCAAUCCUGGCUGAUCACGCCCCGCUUCAUUUCACAAGCACUCGUGUGACCUUCUCUGCUGUUCCACAGUACUUCAGUCCCGAGGGAAUAUUAUAGUAUUGUCUUGCUAAUACUAUAAUAAAUGGGAAGUCUGUCACUCCUUUGCCCGUUCCUGUUUAAUUUCGCACACUGAGGGGUUUCUUUGUGGCAGGUUGAGAGCCGUGGGUUGCCCAUGCAGGGCUGUGAAGCUGUUAAAACUGGGGUUUCUAUAACUUCACUGCAUUUCCUAGGACCGUAUGGGUAAAUAUUAUCCCAGUGCAAUGGGAUAAAUGGUCUGCAAAGGCAUAAAUUUCAAAUGGCAAAAGGAGUUGAUGGUCUCUCCUGCUUCUGGCUUCCCCCUCUAGCCCCAGCCUCAUCCACCUCUGCACGCUGCCUCCAUCCCAGCUUUGAGACUAAAACCCACCCAGCACAUACUCCGUUGGAGGAGCAAAGUGAUACUCUCAACAGUAUUGGAUUUCUGGGCAAAAAUAAUGUCAGUGGGGCUCAGGCGAGCUCAGGAACCCCUGCGUCUGCAUUGCAAUAAUUCACCAGGGGUGGUUCGGGGAAUAUUAAUUUAGACUGGACCAAAGUGAGCUGGAGCUUGCUCCAAAGCAGAGGAUGCUCAAGGGGAAGUAACGGAAGACAAAAUCAUUAGGCAUGUGCAGCAGACUCCUGAAUUCAUGUCGCUGAUUGCUUUGGGGCCACGUCCAAGGACAAGCCUUGAGGUCCCCAGCGGGUACCUGGAAAGUGGAGCAAGGACCACUCUGCCUGGAGGGCAGCACCAAACCCUGGAUCCUUCACGGAGUGGAGCUAUUUACCUGCAUUUCAAACCAGAUCCUGGGCAGGAGGUGGGGAAAAUCCACAGGCGACACAUGUGGGAUGCUUCGAGGCGCAACCCAAGUGAGGUUGCACUUAAAAAUAAACACCCUACUUGGAAGAAAGGCUCUGAAAUGGGAAAACUUGGGGGAAUAUUUGUGGCAAAGCAACUGGCUGUCUGCUGUCCUUGCAGCAGAGCUUUGAAGGCAAAUGAAACCCAGGUGGCUUUCUGAGCUGUCGUUCGGGGCUGGGAUCACUCCAGACCUGUCUGUAGUUCAGCAGAAUCCAUCCUCCUUUCUGGCUGCCUAAGCCCCACACGCAAACUUCAACUGAAAUUAGGAUUGAGAAAUUCCCUUAAUGGUGGGGAAAUGAUGUGGUUCUUAAAGGAAUGCGUCGGCUUUGGUGAGGUCACAUUUAUUUUGUUUGAUAAUUUCUUGGCUUGAAUUCCUCCUCCUGUCAUGGCAUAUGCUUCAUUGGUGAUGGAGACCUUGUUCAUGGGAGCAGGGCUUGGGGGUCCCAAGGGUAGAAGUCACAGGGGCUCUGCAUUGGUGUAGACUGGGGAGAAUGGGCUGAGAUGGCAAAAAAAUAAACAAAAGUGAAAAAAACAACAGUUUUAGUCAAAGCUGCCUUGCUCGCCUUGUGGAAUGAAGAGUAAAUAUGGAUCUGGCCCUUAGUGGGUCAUUGCUCCUUGGGCUUGUUUGCAUUUAUUCCCAGCAUGGUAGAAACCCCAUGGCCACUGGAGCUGUGGAUAAAUGAAAAGGGCUGGUGCUGCUGGUGCCUGGUUUUAUGACGGCUUUUGCAGCAUGAGGGGCUGAGGGAGGUGGGUUGGGGACCAGGACUACUGGGAGAGCCCAAGGAGCUGGUCCCCAAGCCCACGGGGAUGAGCUGGGGGUGCCAAGGCUUGUCAGAGGGAUGCCGUGGAAUCAUGGAGGUGAAGCACCCAGCAGUGUGAAAUCAAUCCAGUGUGAAAGCUGUCUGUGCAAAUUAAAGCUAAUUGGAGCAGUGGCUUUCAUUAACUUUGUGUUUGGCCAUGCUCUGCCCUGAGGCCAGCCCGUGGGUGAUGGGGAGAGGGAGCUCCUCCACGGGAUCCUCCAGCAAAUUGCUCUGCUGGCAAAUCCCUGGGGAUGUGGCAGUAACCGUGGCACUGCCACAGCCAGAGCCAGUCUGAGGAUGGGCUUGCAGGGCUUUUUGCAUCGUGGCCAGCUGUGUCUUAAUGUGGCACAGCCAAAACCCACCUCCCAGGCAUCCAUCCCCUGUCUCGUGCAGAGGGGAGCUGUGUCCCCCCCAGGCUGUCUCAUCCUGCAGCUCCCCAGCACCAAAAUUAAUUAAUGCUCAGACCAUAAAAAGUCUGAGACCUUAAAAAGACCUUAAGAAGACCCCUUAAAAAAGAUUAUUAAAAGUCGCAGGUGCUUGGGGAGCGAGGGCUGAGCCUCUUCCCAGGACUGGGACCCCCAAAUCACCGAGCAGCGGUCUCUUUCCCAUUGCCAUGGGUGGAGCUGCCAGCAGGCUGGGGGAGAUGGGGCUGGGCUUCUUUGGGAGAUCUUACCUCCAAACCCACUAAGGAGCUGUGAAAGAUAUAGCCUCAUGCGUUCAUAGUGUGCUUUUCUACCAUGCUGAUGGUUUUGGGCAAAGCACCCACUAAAGGUCCGAUCCAGCAUCCCUGGAGUAAUGGCACAUUAACAGGACAAUUGAUUUUCUGGAUGGCAACACAGACCUGAAUCUUGGGAAGCCCUGGUCCCAAAGGUGUUAAAUUUAGUUUCUUUUGGAACAUGAUCUAGUAGCCCUUAAAAUGGGGGAUAGAAUGUAUCAGUACUAAAGUUAUUUUUAUUUUUCACCGGUGUUACGGAGAGCUUUUUUAUGGCAUGUGUGUAUGUAACAUAAUUAUACCUCGUCUGUUUUCAAUAGCCACUUUGUUAAAGCGUCUCUGUUACGGUUCAAAGUGCGUAUUUUGACAAGCAAAGUGAUGGGAAAACCCAGAUCCCCUCACCAGUUGGGGUUAGUGGGUCCCAGUGGCCCCACUCCCAGCAGCAGAAAUGCCCCAUGCCCAGAGCAGAGCUCAGCCCGUGGCCACCGGCCGCUCCGCUCCCCCCAGCCAGCACUGGACCCACCCCACGGCCAUCUCACCCCGAUGACAAUCUUGCCAAAUUUCAACCUCUUCUUGAUAUUGUACAUACUGGCGUUGAUGACGUUGCUCCAUGCUGUUGGGUUUCUUUUGCUUGGUCGCUGAGCCAGCUAACUGUUAAUGUGCUCUUUAAAAAUAAUCGAGAGUUUGAUAGUCUUUAACUGUCAGUCUGGUAUAUUAAUCUGUGUUGCCACGACUCUGACUGUAGCCUUGUGCGUUUUAAAGAUAACCAUCGUAUCAGGACAGCCGUGUUGAAAUGUCAUUUGGAGCGGAAGGCUGGGUUUGGCAAGGGAAGACAAAUUAAAAAUGUAUCCAGUCAAUUAAAAAAAAAAAAAACAAAACACCACCAACAAAAAAACAACAAAAACCAAAAAAGGAGUGAUUUAAUGAUGGCUGACAUCAAGAGAGGAUCCAAAAAAUAGCAUGCAUUGAUUCCCAUAAUCAUCCGAACGCAGGCUGCUCAUCUUUAUUCAUAGCCCUUCAAAGCCACGCUCGGAGAUGCUGAGAGCAUCUCUGAGAUGCCGCGCGCUAGACGUGCUCUUUAGACGCUGAACACGUAGGCAUUUCUCCUCUGCUCCCAGCACAGCUGCUGCCUCCAGCAAACGCUGUACACCAUUCCUUCCCCCUUUUCAUUUUAGGGUGCAAUUAAAGUGAUGAGAGCUCUGCUGUUGGGUCCAUCCUGGUGGAUAGGUAGGAAAAUCAGAUUGAGGGAGCUGGGCUGGUACAGGGUCAAGUGCAGCCACUUGUUUUAAGGUGUUUUAAGAAGGCAGCAAAUAGAAAGCAAAAUGUCUCAAAAAGUGUUUAAGGGCACUAACGAAAGCUCAGUGGACACAGCACGUGGGAUGGGGCUUAGCGGCAUGGCUGGAGGAGGCUUUCAGAGACAGCGUAUGAGAUACUGUGAGGCUGCUUUGCUUGCCCUGCUAGAUUUGGGGGAAAAGUCAGGAUUCCUGUGGUCCCAUCCUGGCCUCUGUCCUCUUUCCACAGGUGCAGGCAAAAACCCUGCAAUAUUAACAUCUCAGAAACCAGCCUUUGAGCACUCGGAGGCUUUAAUUAAUGUACACACUUGGAUGUUCUCUGAGACAGAUGUUCAAAUGCUGUUAUUGCUACUGGAUCCUUUUAAAAUGAAGAAAUUUGUGGGACAGCGCUUUUCUCCCCUAAAAAGCUUUGGGAGCCGUCAUGUUCCCAGUACUCUUGCUUUUUCUUCCAUUGCACUGAGUCAGCUAGGAAGUUGUCCCCCUAAACUGAGAUUAAAGGCAAGUAGCAGCCCUGGGUGAAUUAAAUUACACAUAAUCCCUAUAUUUUUCAUCCUCCAGUCUCUGAUACAGGUGAAUUAUGUUUCUUUUUCACAUUUUUUUUCUGCUUUCUCCAAAAUGACAUCAUCAGUGCAUCUUUAAAGGGAAUGAUCUGAGAUACCUCUGUCACCGACUGGUGUUUUCCAUAACACAUCAUCUCUCUGACCAUUGCAAGGCCAGGCUGAUGCUGUGUUUUAAAUGCAUCACUCCUAUUCCUGAGGAUGGUUUUGGAGCAGGGCAAUUUAUCUGGCGAUUCACAAGUCAUUGAUAGAGCUGGACUUGCAAGUCAAAUGGUAUUCAGGGGAAAUGUAGCCAGGAAAUUGUAAACCAGUGCCUGAAAUAGGGCAGUUUUAAUGAAAAACGAUGUGUUUGCUGCCAUGUCUUUUUCGCUGCCAUUAGUAUAUUGGAAACGGGACUUGGUUAUUCAAAUUGUUCGGGUCUUGCAGGAAAAUCGCCUUCACUGCUGAAGGUCAGCUAUUCCCACAGCUGAAUUUAGCAUCUUUCAAGGAGAAUGGACUCUUAAUGCAUCACCUGAGGUCCCAAAAGAUUGCAAAUGGGGGAUGUUUCAUCAACCAUCAACCUCCAACACAGGAGCAGCUCAUGUUUCUUAAUUUUACAUCAUUUUCUAUGCAACUUACUUUUACGGUCUCUUCCUGGGACUGAGAUGGCUGGAUAUAGUUUUGACUUUGCUUUCCCUCAUUCGCAUUCCCAUCUGGGUAAUGCUGAAAUGUUUCCAUGACUGUCUCAACUGGAACACACAUUGGGUAUAUUUGAAAAGUGAAAUAUUGCCUUGUGGAAUUCAGUGCAUCAGACUGAAAAACUAAAUCCUGACUAAUUAGGUGCCACAGAAAUGAUGCAAUUUUGGACUGGAGAUGUAAAGCGCAGUCUUGUUACUCUGAGUUCGUUUCAAACUCUGGUUUUGCCAGUGAACUGUGUUGCAAUUGUUUCAACUUGUUCUUUUGAUACCAGUCUGAUGCUAAAACAAGCCGCUGCGUCCCGUCACCCUGGUGACCUCCACCACGGUGUGGGCCUUGUGUUCAGUUACCAGUAAAAAAAGUGAUUUUGGGGUUUUCUUUUGUUUGUUUGUUUGUUUUUUUGGUUGUGUGAUUUUUUUACCUGACGUUGAAUUUAUUUUUUUAAUGUUUUUUUCAUUAGAACUUGAAACUGUUAUUUCAUAUGCAAAGUUCAAUAAAAUGGCUGAAACACGCA